AUGGGUUCUUCUUCUUCUUCUUCUGCAGCUCCUGCGCACCAUGUAUUGUUUUUGGUGGGCAUAAUAGUGUUAUUUGUGAUGUUCUCAUGGUAUAUGAGUUAUGAAGCAGCCUACGAAAGUGUUAUGGAUCAGUUGAGUCUUGUGGUAAUGGCGUCUCCUGUUGUAAUACUUUUGGCAGUGCACUGGCUUUCUGCAAAGGAAAAACAUCACCCAUUUUCUUCUGUGAUGCCCUGUGCAGAGCGCCAUACCAUACAUAAAGCAGGGGGUUCUCCCUGGGGAGUGGGUUUUCUCUUGCUGUUUCUCAUGUUUAUGAUUUCUUACCAGUCUCAUUUACAGGAUCGUACCUGGUUUCCCAUACGGAAAAGAAGCUACUAUUGA